AUGGCACAGCACCACAGAGGAAGGGAGGAGUCUUCAAUACUUUGUAUCCUCCUGGGCCACGGCCUGGUGCCGGACCACGGUUCAAAAAUCACUGCAGGAAAUUUUGGUGGUGUGGUAUACCUCCUUGUCAUUGCCGUUAUCGCCCUAGUGGUUGCACUACCCGUUGUGUAUGUUGCCAUUCCGAAAAAGGCCCAGCACGACAUCAACGCUUCAACAUUGGAAGUCACCUCCCAGGAAGUUAGCAAUCCAGAGCCAGAGAAGAUUCAUUUGAAGAUCAAGAGCAUCGCAAGAAGCAGCAGCUCAUUCCACCCUACUCUCGAUGCCUUCCAAGCCGGCCUAUCGUUGCCAGGACAAGAGGCAUUCCUGAUACUCAACGUUCCAGAGACAAAGGCAGAUGCCGAGACCGAGAUCGACAUCGAACAAGAUGCCCCUAUUAUCAACAUGGACUCUUUCAAGGAGUAUACCAAGACCACGAUCGCCAAUGAGACUUUCACCCUUGUCAUGGACGGCAAGACCAAGGUCCACCAAAAGGGACUAUCGGCCAUUUCGGUUGACUACAACAAGAAUAUUGAGAUGAAGGGCCUCAACAAGCUCUCGGGUCUAAAGAUCACCGAUAUCAAGAUACUCUUCGGCACCAAGAACAGACUUCCCGAUGGCUCGAACAUGAUCGGCAACGUCAUCAUCCCCAACCCCUCAGUUAUGACCCUCGACCUCGGUAAUGUCACUAUGAAUCUUGCAAUUGACGGCCAAUCUAUCGGCACUUCGCUCCUGCCCAACCUCGUACUCAAACCCGGGGAAAACAACAGCACCAUGUCCAGCACCCUCGACCAGGAUGGACUUCCCGUUAUCUCACUCGUCCAGUCCAAGUACAAAGACGGCGUCAUCCCGCUCGAGAUCGUAGGCAACAGCAGUAUCCGCAACGGCGAGCACCUAAUGUACUUCGAGGAGGCGAUCAAGAGCAACACCAUCAAGCUUGACCUGGAUAUCGGUCCCGCUCUGAAAGACAUCGGCAUUAACGUCACCGACUCUUCUUAA